ACGUGUGCCAGAAUACUCUCGCGACUGCGAGGCGGCUGUGUCGGAUUGAGCAGUCGCGCGCAUAGACAUAAUAAAUAUAGGCUUGUUUGAGAUGCAGUAAGCUGCAGUAAGGGGAGGGGUCAAAAAAGACCUUAGAAGUCGGACACUUCCUGAAUCUCGCUGUUUUGUCGCCUGCAAACGUCAGCAAUGGAGGAGAUCGCGUUCGCGUUUGCGUUUUUUAUCGCAGAUGAAGUGGAUGCAAUCGAAAUACCACUGUUUUUACAUGAAGAUGGUCAUAAUGAUAAUCACCGAAGGAAUGUCCCUAAAAUUCGUCAUUUUAUUGAGCAAGUGGUCCAUUUGUACAGUCACUCUGAGUUUCAGAGUCAUUUCAGACUUUCUAGAGGGCAUGUGGAGGAGCUUAUCAAUACACUUGGCCCUUUCUAUAUGAAUACACAGCAGACCAAGGUACCACUGACAAACAGUAUACUUGCCUCUCUAUGGACUCUUUCCAACCAAGAGUCCUAUAGAGGAGUGGCAGACAGAUUUAACUUAACCAAAUCCACAGUUUCAAAACACCUGCACGAGUUCUGUUCUCUUGUAAGAAGUCAUUUGUCACACUACAUCUCUUGGCCCAGAGGAGAAGCCCUGCACAUGUCCCAGUUAGGAUUCAAAACAGCUGGGUUUCCUAACACUGUCUGUGCGGUUGAUGGAUGCCAUAUUCCUAUUGUAAAACCACACUGUGAGAAUCCUGUGGUCUAUAUCAAUAGGAAACAAUUCUAUUCUAUUAUUCUUACAGGAUUCUGUGACAGUCAGCGGCGUUUCUGUCAUGUCAGUGUGGGUCACCCUGGUAGCUGGCAUGAUUCAAGGGCAUUUCGUUUGUCAGAUGUAGGGCACCUUCUUGAGGAAGAUCCGCAUUCCCUGGUUCCAGAAGGCAUGCAUAUUAUUGGAGACUCUGCAUACCCUCUUUUGCUUCAGCUAAUGAAGCCAUACAGGGACAAUGGCCACUUGACUGUCAGACAGACGGUUUAA